UUUUCCUCACACAAAUCCAAUCCCUGGCAUGGGAUUUUCCCUCUAAAAUGGGGACACAAUUCUUCAAAGUUUAAAGUGGUUUGGGACAUAGGGUUUUGAGGGUUUUCUCUUUUCAUUUGCAACAGUACACUGAAACCCUUGUUUGUUGGUGGCAAAGCAUGUCAUCGUCUUCCUCAAGUCACACCUAUGAUGUACCAUGGGUAGAAAAGUAUCGUCCCAACAAGGUCGCUGACAUAGUCGGCAACGAGGACGCAGUCUCCAGGCUGCAAGUCAUUGCUCGUGAUGGCAACAUGCCCAAUCUCAUCUUAUCAGGUCCUCCUGGGACAGGAAAAACCACUAGCAUACUAGCCCUCGCUCACGAGCUUCUCGGACCAAAUUGCAAGGAAGGUGUUCUUGAACUUAAUGCAUCGGAUGAUAGAGGAAUUGAUGUUGUGAGGAACAAGAUCAAGAUGUUUGCUCAGAAGAAAGUCACCCUUCUCCCUGGGAGGCACAAGAUAGUAAUACUGGAUGAAGCUGAUAGCAUGACCACAGGAGCACAACAAGCAUUGAGAAGGACUAUCGAGAUAUAUUCUAACUCUACACGUUUUGCUCUUGCUUGCAAUACUUCGGCUAAGAUUAUUGAGCCCAUUCAGAGUAGAUGUGCCAUAGUGAGGUUUUCACGGUUGUCUGAUCAAGAGAUACUUGGUCGACUCAUGAUUGUGGUUCAAGCCGAGAAGGUUCCCUACGUUCCUGAAGGACUUGAAGCCAUCAUUUUCACUGCCGAUGGUGAUAUGAGGCAGGCAUUGAAUAACUUGCAAGCAACAUACAGUGGAUUCCAAUUUGUUAACCAAGCAAAUGUUUUUAAGGUUUGUGACCAGCCACAUCCACUGCAUGUGAAAAAUAUGGUACGUAAUGUGAUUGAAGGGAACUUUGAUGAUGCUUGUUCGGGCCUCAAGCAACUAUAUGAUUUAGGAUAUUCUCCCACUGAUAUCAUCACGACCCUUUUUCGUAUCAUAAAAAACUAUGAUAUGGCUGAGUAUCUGAAAUUGGAAUUCAUGAAGGAAACUGGGUUUGCUCAUAUGAGAAUUUGUGAUGGUGUUGGAUCUUAUCUUCAAUUGUGUGGUUUAUUAGCUAAGCUUUCCCUAGUUCGAGAGACGGCUAAAGCUGUAUGAGCUGGUCUUGAGUGCAACUGAGUUGUCACUGUUUUCACAUUUUCGAUAGUGUAAAAUGUUCUAAUGAUGUAACUAUAUUUUCUUAUGUUCAGAUGCCCAUUGAUACAUCAAUGCUUCGCCUUCUUUAACUACGUUGUUUUUAGCUUGGA